AUGUCUUCACUCCCAUCCCCCCAGUACAAGAGCCCCUACGGCCCAAAGUACUUCUACCAAACGCAUGUUUCCGGCAUUACCACCCGGGCAUUUAUUAGGGGUGGACUUAACGCCGGUUUCUUCGGCGGCGUUGCCCUCGGCGCUCUCAUUUUCUACGCAUCCGGUAUCCCCAGAAUCCAAAAGGACAUUUUCCUGAACGUGCCGGUCAUCGGCCGCUACUACCCAGUAAAGGAGGUCCACCCCGCGGACAACCCGUUUUAA